AUGAAUGACGACGCCAUUGCGUUAAGUGGUCCUCUGUACGAUUUCGUUGUUUCUACAAUCUUACUGUUGACCACACACAAUGGAGUAUAUUCAAGCCCCUGCCACCAGCAGCCAGGGACACAUCCUUUGCUAACUCAAGUAGACAUAUCCGAAGGAAUCCCCAAGCAAGUCUCUGUGCAUUUCUGCAAACAGUGUGAAAGGUACUUGCAGCCUCCAGGAACAUGGAUGCAAUGUGCGUUUGAGUCUAGAGAGCUAUUGGCACUGUGUCUCAAAAAACUUAAAGGGUCCAUGAACAAGGUUCGUCUGAUUGAUGCAGGUUUUCUCUGGACCGAGCCACACUCCAAAAGGAUUAAGACAAAAUUGACAAUCCAGAAAGAGGUGAUGAAUGGAGCCAUUCUGCAGCAGGUGUUUGUGGUUGAGUUUGUUGUCCUGUCCCAGAUGUGUGAUGACUGCCAUCGUGUUGAGGCAAAGGAUUUCUGGAAGGCCGUGGUUCAAGUGCGACAGAAGACUCAACAUAAGAAGACUUUCUACUAUCUGGAACAAUUACUACUCAAGCACAAGCUCCACCAGACUGCUCUUAACAUCAAGGAAAUACAUGAUGGACUAGAUUUCUAUUAUAGCUCCAAGCAGCAUGCGCAGAAAAUGGUUGACUUUCUCCAGUGCACAGUACCAUGUCGGUCAAAAACAUCCCAGCGGCUCAUCUCUCAUGACAUUCAUUCAAACACAUUCAACUACAAGAGCACUUUCUCUAUUGAGAUUGUUCCAGUUUGCAAGGACAAUGUGGUCUGUCUUUCACCGCGACUGGCCCAGAGCUUGGGGAACUUUGGUCAAGUGUGUGUCUGCGUUAGAGUCACCAGCACGAUUCAUUUGAUUGACCCAAACACCUUGCAGAUUGCUGAGGUGGAUGGCAACACCUAUUGGAGGAACCCUUUCAACGGUCUCUGUAGUCCACGGCAGCUGGAGGAGUUCCUCGUUAUGGACAUUGAUGUUAUCAGGGACCAAAAGUUGGGUUCUGGGGCUGGAGUGAGGUCUAAUAAACAUGUUUUGGCUGAAGUAUGGGUCCAGAAAACCUCAGAGAUGGACACUGGUCAGCAGUACCACUGUCGUACUUUCCUUGGUCAUCUGUUGAACAUCGGAGACCUUGUGCUGGGGUAUGACUUUGCCAAUUCGAACGUUAAUGAUGAAUAUUUAAACAAGAUGAAUCCCCAUCAUGUCCCUGAUGUGGUGUUGAUAAAGAAGAGCUAUGAUCGUACAAGAAGAGUGAAACGCAGGAACUGGAAGCUUCAAGAAAUGGCCAGAGACAAGGAGGGAAUGGACACAGAUGAUGAACGGCAAUAUCAAGACUUCUUGGAAGACCUUGAAGAGGAUGAAGCAUUGAGAAAGAAUAUCAACAUAUAUAAAGAUACGUCAAAGAUUCCGGUUGAGAGUGACACCGAUGAUGAUGGAGCACCACGCAUCUCCCUGGCAGAGAUGUUGGAAGAGAUGAGCCUGAAUGAUGCGACUGGUGGAGAUGGAGCAGACAUGAUGACUGACUAG